GAAGAGGAGCUGUCAUUUCUUGACUGUUUAAAAUUUGCCAUAACCUUCAUGCCCCAGAAUAUGGAUGUCGGUCUUCCAAUGAAGAAAGCUCCUUCCAAAGUACUCUUAUUCCCUAGUCUUGCCCACGCCUGACCUCCAGCAGUCUAGAAGGUCUUCCUCUUAGUGGAGCUCCCAGCCUUAUCCAGGCAGGCUGCAUUAGAAUGUGGCUAUGAUAGAGAGAAGGCAAGGCCUGGAUCACCCAGAAAGAAAAAACAACUGAAUCAUCUUUCAGAAGCUGCUGAGUACACUGAGGAAACAGCAGGAAUGAAGACAGAGAAGAGAGUGAGUACGUGUGCCGGCCCAAGAUACGGGGAAGGUCUGGACCUGGUGGGGUCUGCUUACAGAGUAAGGGACAAUAAAUCAACUCUUCCUGUGUAUUUUCUGAACCUUCAAAGCUAUUUCCUGGCUAUCAAUAUUUACGUCAUCCUUAGGACCUCAGAAUAUCCCUCUUCAAACCUAAGGAAGAAAACUUUUAAAGACAGUGGACCAAUAAACGGUUCCUGUUUUCCACCUGUCUCAAAGGGUGGAGCUGCCAGACCACUCGGAGAAGAAGGAAGUGAAAAGACGCUAAAUACCAGGGCCAGCUCACCCUGGCCAGCCUGGAGGUCUGGCUUCUCAGUCAGCAUGAAGGCUGUCCUUAUUCUGGGGCUUCUCCUCCUUUCUGUCGCUGUCCAGGGCAAGACCUUUGAGAGGUGUGAGCUUGCCAGAACUAUGAAAAGACUUGGAUUGGAUGGCUAUAGGGGAGUCAGCCUGGCAAACUGGAUGUGUUUGGCCAAAUGGGAAAGCAAUUAUAACACACAAGCUACAAACUACAAUCCUGGAAGCCGAAGCACUGACUAUGGGAUAUUUCAAAUCAAUAGCCGCUACUGGUGUAAUGAUGGCAAAACCCCAAGAGCACAUAACGCCUGUGGCAUUCCCUGCAGUGUGUUGCUGAAAGAUGACAUCACUGAAGCUGUAAGAUGUGCAAAGAGGGUUGUCAGUGAUCCACAAGGCAUUAGAGCAUGGGUGGCAUGGAAAAGUCACUGUCAAAACCAAGAUCUCAGGACAUAUGUUCAGGGUUGCGGAGUGUAACUGUGGAGUUUUCUUUCUUCAGCUCAUUGUCUCUUUUUCACAUUAAGGAAGUAAUAGUUGAGCGAAAGGUCAUACUACCAUUCUUUCAAAUAAAUAAUGUUUUUACAGAA